AUGGCCACUUCCCACAUCCUCCUAACAGCGGCAUCCGGCAUGAUCUUCGGGUCUGCAAUCACCGCCUCCGGGGUAUACUCGCCCUCGGUAAUCCAGUCCCAGAUGUCCCUCACCAACUUCCACAUGUUGAAGUCCUUCCUGGCCGCGAGCGCGUGCAGCGCGCUCAUCGUGGUCGGGGUCAACAGGAGCGGCUACGCAAAGCUGACGGCCCGACCUGACUCCUCAUACGGGUGGUUCGGGCGGUACGACGCGAACAUUGUCGGUGGAAUGCUCCUGGGCGUUGGGAUGGCGCUGACGGGCGCGUGUCCUGGCACGGUGCUUGCACAGCUCGCGCUGGGCGUCGGGUCCGCGCGGAGUGUUGCGGCCGGCUGCGUGCUUGGAGGCGUUGCGUUUGUCAAGUUGGGAGGCCAGAUGAAGCGGACGACGCAAAGCACAGCCGCUCCUCGCGACGGCGCCCGUCAGAAAAAGCAGACCGUCCAAGAGCAGACGGGCCUGUCGACGGCGUCCACGAUCCUGAUCUACGAGACCCUCUGCCUGCUGAUGAUCGCCGCUGCCACAUACCUCGCACCUCACACGCGACAAAGGCACUGGCUGAAUCCCAUCGCCGGCGGCCUGCUGAUCGGCAUCGCACAAGCAACCUCGGUCCUGUUCACCCGCAAGACCCUCGGCGCAUCUUCCGCAUAUGCCGACGUCGGCGCGUAUUUCUGGAGCCUCAUCGAUCGCACAUCAGGCCCCGGCAUGUCGAAUAUCGUCUUCGCAUCUGGCGUCGUGGCCGGCGCGAAGCUCAUAUCGCAGUACAUCCCAGCCGUGAGCGAGACGAGUCCACCCAUGGGCGUCACUGCUGCCGUUGUGGGCGGGUUUGUUAUGGUGUUUGGUGCUAGGAUGGCGGGGGGCUGUACUAGUGGGCAUGGGAUCAGUGGGAUGGCGACUAUGGGGCUAAGUAGUUUCGUGACGAUUGCGAGCUUGUUUGCUGGGGGGAUCGGGGCGUCGUUUUUGCUGUGA